AUGGCUUUAAGACAGUGCUUCGCGACCGCGCUGCGCGCCUUUGGCAUCGCUGAGCUGCAGUGCGCGGCAGCCGCGGUUGCGACCAGGCACGCUGCCGCACCAAGCAUAAUCACCGCACCAUCCUGCAGCUGCCCAUACAGCACGGCAGCCGGCCCUGAGAAUGAAGCUGAGCGCAGGAAGCUGGCGUCCAAGCUGCUGUACCGCUCCAAGCAGCGCGGCUUCCUGGAGCUGGACCUGCUGGUGGGGCUGUGGGCGGAGGAGAAGCUGCCGAUGAUGACGAUAGCCGCACUCACAGAGUUUGGGGCCGUCCUCGACGAGGAGAACCCCGACCUCUUCAAGUGGCUCACGGGGCAGCUGCCCACGCCCCCCCACCUGGCCGCCAACCAGCAGUACAUGGCCCUCAAAUCCCACGUGGACGCGCAGCUCAGCGACAACCUGCACCGCGCGGCGGCGGCGGCGGCGGGCCGCGACUGGGUGCGCGGCUGGGACGACCCUGGCCGCCAGCAGCAGCAGCAUCAGCAGCAGCAGCAGCAGCAGCAGCAGCAGCAGCAGCAGCAGCAGCAGCAGCAGCAGCAGCAGCAGCAGCAGCAGCAAUAG